UUCUCCCCUGACCCUCCCCCCCUAAUUCUUGCCUCCUUCUUCAUUCCCACCUCUCACUGCUGCCCCUGCUCCCGGGCCUAGCCUGGCUCUUGACGGCCUGGCUCCCCUCUGUCCCCAUGGUGAGGGCCCGGUCAAGGCCUGGACCUUUGCUCCAGCUGUUCCUCGAAUGCCUAGGUCCCGCCCUUUACUCGACCCUGGGCCCAUCACUACCCUUGCCCGAGCCCCUAGCCAGUGUGCCCUGUCUCACAUGCCCAGCCCUCCGUGGGCCACUGCCUAUACCCACUUUGCUCCCUCCUGCCUUCCUGUGUGCUCAGCCCUAGAUCCCCAGUCUCCUACUGGGACCGGCCUUGCUGGGGAGGAGGUGCUGGAAGAGGAAGAGGAGGAGGCGGAGCCAGAGCCAGGCCCGGAGAACCCAGAAGACUCUGAGAAGAUAGCUCCAGGCUGUGGCCCUGGCGGUGGGGCCAGUGGGAUGGGAGGGGGCGGGCGAGGCUGCGUGUUGACCCGUCGAGGAAUCACCCUUCGGGUGCUGCUCAAAGAUGCCCUCAUUGAGCCCGGGCCUGGGGUCCUCUCCAUCUACUACCUGGGGAAGAAGUUCAUUGGAGAUUUGCUUCCAGAUGGGAAGAUCACCUGGCAAGAGACUGGCCAGGUGUUCAACUCACCCAGUGCCUGGGCCACCUAUUGCAAGAAACUGGUGAACCCAGCCAAGAAAUCAGGCUGUGGUUGGGCCUCUGUCAAGUACAAGGGUCAGAAGUUGGAUCAGUACAAGGCCACUUGGUUGAAACGGCACCAGCCCAAUGCUCCCUCUGCUGCAGAGGAGAGCUUGGUCAGUGAGGGUGAUGAGGAAGAACUAUUAGAGGAAGAAGAGGAGGAGACAGCAGUGACUCGGGAAGGGAAGAUGCUGACCCCGGCCUCAACCUCAGCCCCGGUCCUCUUGGAAGAGAAGGGUAGGAAGCAGCUGGGAAAGGCCUUGACAGAGUCUCCCAACCCAGAGGCUGGACCCCCUGGGAAGCGACCAGAGAACAAGGGCCGGGUGCCAGUCCGAUACUGCACCCUGGGCAGCCGGGACUUGGCCAGGAAUCCACAUACCCUGGUAGAGGUGACAUCUUUCACAGCCAUCAACAAGUUCCAGCCUUUCAACGUGUCCGUGUCUAGCAACGUGCUGCUUUUACUGGAUUUUCACAGCCACUUGACGAGGAGUGAGGUUGUGGGCUAUCUUGGAGGUCGAUGGGACACCAACAGCCAGUUGCUGACAGUGCUGAGAGCCUUCCCCUGCAGGAGCCGUCUGGGAGAUGCCGACACAGCAGCUGCCAUAGAGGAGGAGAUCUGCCAGAGUCUGUUCCUUCGAGGCCUGUCCCUGGUGGGCUGGUACCACAGUCACCCUUACAGCCCAGCCCUGCCCUCCCUGCAGGACAUCGAUGCCCAAAUGGACUAUCAGCUCAAGCUGCAGGGCAGUGGCAACAGCUUCCAGCCCUGCCUUGCCCUGGUGUGCGCUCCUUAUUACUCGGGAAACCAGGGGCCAGAGUCCAAGAUUUCUCCAUUUUGGGUGAUGCCUCCACCAGAGCAAAGGCCCAAUGACUACGGGAUCCCCAUGGAGGUAGAGAUGACUUACGUCCAGGACGGCUUCCUGACCAACGACAUCCUCCAUGAGAUGAUGCUGCUGGUGGACUUUUACAAAGGAGCACCAGAUGUGGUCAAAUUCCAGGACCUGUGGAACCAGGAGCAGACCUACCUGGACAAGCUGAAGGUCUCAUUGGCCAGCAGGACACCAAAGGACCAAGGUCUGUGCCACGUCUUGGAGCAAGUCUACUGCCUCCUGAAGAACAGCAGCUGAGGCCAGACAGCUUCUGGAUUCUGGUGUGCUGCAAAGGUGCCACAGAAGAGCCGGUGCCCCACAGCCUGAGCAGCAGCCCCGGGCAGGUCCAGGGACCAUCCCUGGGCCAUGUUAACUUAUGAGGCUGGAGCUGGUGGUUAGCGGAGGCGUGUCACCACUUGGUCCUCCUGACCACUGCCCUUGGGGUGGGGAGAUGUCCCUGAGGGUCUGGCCCUAAGGAUGGGGGGUGGGGGGAUGCCAGGCCUGGAGGAGUCAGACCAGACUGCUCCAGGUUUCUCCAGUUCUCUUUGCUGUGUUGCAUGUCAAGUGUCUCUGUUCCCCCUGCCCUGUUGGCUUUGGGCUGUAGGAUGUAGCUGGUUUGGGGGGCACAGGAGUUGCUGUGCCAGUCAUUCAGGUGUAACUUAUUUGUGCAAUGGUAACGUUCAGACAAUAAAGUGGAAAAAAAAAUGACAUUCUUGGCUAAUAUUUC